AUGAUUUUAACAAUAUUACAGAGUCCAAAAACGUGUAUGUCCUCCAUAUCCUCAAUAUGUAACCCAAUCCAUCCACAUCGUAAAACACAGUAUACUAACAAUCUUAUAAAAUACUAUCUUAGAAAACAAGAGGCUAAUGAGGUCAAAAAACUCCAUAUCCAAAGAUUAAAGAACUACAACGAUCUAAGAGAUAUUGGCUUAAGAUUAACUCAACUGAUUGCUGAUGAUAAAAAAUGUAAAAUGGGAGAAGUCUUUGAAGAGAUGGGGUUUUCAAUGCUGGACGAAUAG